UUUUGGCCGAAUUAGCUUGCAAGGAUGAUGGGCUGCCUUUGGAUGAACUUAUAUCUUUAGCCAUCAGACUUGAUCAGCUCAAACAGAGCUCAGUACCUGGCCGUAGAGCUGCUGCUACUUCUCCUCGUUUUGCUACGCCACGCGCAUCUGGAUUUACUCCACGGACCACACUCAGGGAUGAGGAACCCAUGCAAGUAGACGCUACCCGUUUGUCAAAAGAAGAAAGAAAGCGACGAUUUCAAGCUGGAUUAUGCUUCUAUUGUGGCAGUGCAGAUCAUGUGUUGCGAGAUUGUCAGCUUUGCCCCUCCCGAGUUCAACGCCAAGAUACUUCAGGCUCGUCCUACGGUGGGCUCUCCCAUGGUUAUCAUGGCAACCCGGACCGUCCAUAUGAGCCAUCUGCUACUAACUCGGGAAAGCGUGUGGAGAGGAUUCCACACGCUAAAGGGGUAAGCCGACUUAGUCCUGAUAUGUUUUCAAGAUCUUUUAUUAUUUCUGUUGUUCUGUUCUGCCAGUCUUCUUCAUUUGUGUUUCCAGCCCUGAUUGAUUCCGGUGCCGAGGGGAACUUUAUACACGAGCAGCUGACCAGACAACUCCAGAUUCCGUUCGAACAAUUGGAAAAUCCUAUGAGACUGUCUGCGGUGGAUGGGACCCCAGUUGGCCGAGGAGCUGUUUCCCACACCACCACACCUGUCAAGCUCAACGUCAGCGCUCUGCACUCAGAAGAGAUCAGGAUAUCAACCACCCAUCAUGCCCUGGUCAGCCGAACCUUCUAAUAUUCCUGCGGUAGACGAUUGGAUGCGUCGGAGCGAGGAAGUGUGGGAGGAGACUCACAGACGCAUUGAGGCUGUUUUACAACGGCAGAAACAACAGGCUGAUCGCCUACGCCGUGAGACCCCCCUUUACUCUCCUGGUGAUCGGGUUUGGCUAUCUACCAGGGAUUUCCGGCAACCAGAUGCUAAUAAGAAACUUUCAGUUAAGUAUAUUGGCCCUUUCAAAGUCAUUAAGAGAAUUAAUGAAGUUACCUACCGUCUCGAUCUACCCUCUCACUACCGUGUAUGCCCUUCUUUUCAUGUGUCUUUAUUAAAGCCGGUUAUCCCUGGUCCGUUGGAUGAGACAUCGCUUGGGGCGUCUCCUCCUCCUCCGGUGGCUAUGGACGGUGGCCCGGUUUAUGCGGUAGAACGACUUUUGGACUCCAGGAGGAGAAGGGGAGCCCUGGAGUAUCUGGUGGACUGGAAGGGCUACGGACCUGAGGAAAGAAGUUGGGUUCCGGCAACUGAUGUCCUGGAUCCUUUAAUGGUGGAUGACUUUCACCGGUCUCAUCCAUCCCGUCCUGCACCACGCCCCAGAGGUCGCCCUAGGAGAAGGUCUCCAGGUCCAAGAAGGGGUAGACGCGGUGGUUCUGUCUCUGUCCGGUCCCUCAGUUCGGUCCGCAGUCCCAGGAGGGGUCGUCCCAGGUCCAGGGCUUCCAUCCAUUCCGUUCCCGUUUCUGGGCCACCUGUUCAGGACUCCGCUGAGGUUGGGGGGGCUGUCUCCUUGUGUCGUCCUCAUCCUUCGGAUUAUUCGGACUCUUUGGAGGGGGGUACUGUCACGCGGCCGUGUUCUCCUUCCACGCUACCUGACUCCAUUUCCCAAGAUCCCAUGAACAGUAACGUCAACAACUCACGCUCACCUUCACCCAAUCAUGUUACGCUCCGACGCUCAGACUCACCUGUGUUCUGAGUUAGUUCCGGUUCAUUUCCCUCUAGCUUCCUGUAUUUAAGGCGGCCGCUUGUAAACAAACUCCGCGAGGUAUUGUUAACUCAUGUUACAUACUAAGCGUUUCCCUGUGUAUUGUUUUUGCCUUCUCGUUACGACCCUAUUUUCGGAUUAUCGGUUUAUGUCUUUUGUUUUGCCCUUUCUGGAUUUGAUGUAUGGUUGGACUGUUUCUCGGUUACGAACUCGGACUGUAUUUUUGACUACGUCUUCUGUCAUCAGUGAGAUCUUUGUUUGCCUGGCUAUUCUGUUAGCAGUAUCUGUUAGCUUUACUGCUAAUAAACCUGUUUGUAUUUUUAACUCGGCUCGCGUCACUCCUCACUACCUGGCGU